UACUCGGGAUUGGGUACAUUAGUCUGAGCUUGUAGUGAGUUUGACCAUAUGCACGCCCCUCCUCCCUUUUUUUUUAUAUAUAUACCCUGUAGUAGUCCAUUUAGGGCGUUUGCAUCUAGAGGUAUUAAGCCUAUUCCUUUGUCUUUUGUAGCCUUCCCCUCGUUUAUACGUGAGCCCCUUUUUGCUGUUGGGACGUGGUUUCAUGGCCAGUGACGGCCCAUCCGACAUACCCCCAAGGGCUGAGUUUAUUGACCUAUCCUCAGACUCAGAGUCCCCUGAGGGCAACCCUCACCAGGACUAUGAUUCUUUAAGACAAGCCCGCAUUCGUCACCUCGAGUGCAUGGCUGAUCUUAGGCGCAAAAUUUGGGUGGUAGAGAGCGAAAUUGACUCGGUGUCGAGAGGCGAUGAAGGACCUUCACCCCUGGGCCUUAGUGACCAUAUAGCGCGUCUUAGGACGACCCUUUUCGAAUUGCGGUGGGAGUUAGAAUUUAUGGAGGGACACAUUCCGCCAGAACCUCCUACUCCUUCUUCGCCUGAUGACAGUCAUGGGGUUGCUAACUCCUCUCCCCAGCCCCUAGUCUCAGUUUAUCCUAGCUUAGUGCUUCCGCCAUCGCUCCCUCGAUGGAAAACUCUUGCUAGGAAGAAAAAAUGGAGGGUUAAGUGUUCUGCCCCUUCCUCACAUAUUUCUUUUGAUUUUGCAGAUAUGUCGAAAGCACGCAGACAGGUGUCCGCCCAGGAAGAGGACGACGCCCCCCUACUGGCGUCCAGUCUAGUGUCACACGUGUCUCCGAACAAACUGAAGGCAAUCGUGAAGCACUACCGAGCUCCUCCAGAAUACGCCCUGCAUGUUCCUCAGGAGGCUUGCUGGGCCGACCGUCCUGAGAAGGGCUUUGUGGCUUUGAGUGAGCAGAUUUUGAAGGCGGGUGGCACCAUUCCUCUGCACCCGUUCUUCGUGGCGGUUCUCAACUAUUUUGAUUUGGCCCCUCUUCAACUAUCGCCCAACAGUUGGUUGACUUUAAGUUGCCUCUUCAUUUGGUUCAAGGAUAAUGUCCAACGCGCCCCGACGGCACAGGAGGUGCAUUCCUUGUAUAACCUUAUGGGAGUGCCCAAGUCCAAGGGCUUCUACUACCUGCAGAAGGCCAACAGUGAGCUUCCCUUAAUAGAGGGCUCGUUUUCCAACACAGGGCCUUGGAAACAAGACUUUUUCUGGGUAGAGGAGCCUCUCUCGGUUCGUGAAGGAUUUCGCGCCGGCCCUAGGAAAUUUGCUGAUCCCUCGGUCAUUGGGCCGGAGGCGGAGGCCAUAGGAAAACUCCUUGCUGCAGACUCUGCCCUGAAGAAGGCAGCAGUCCUAUUUACUGUGGUGAAUCUCAACCGCCACCAAUUGUCCCCGGUCUCUAACCCCAAGUUCCUGUGGUCAGUUACUGGGUCUAAGAAGGCUAUGGCUAUGCCGGCUGGGCCGUCCCUACACGAUGGUGGGGCUGAGGAGGAGACGGAGGAUGUUCCCCUCGAAUGUGGGGGGUCUCAUCAGCGCCCCCUGUCCCCCGGAGGAUGCCCUCCUUACGGUUCCCAUGACCAGGACAUGGCCUGUCAAUCUCCGGACCCGCAGGCCGCAGGGGGAUGUUACGCUCCUUCUGGCCUUGAUGGCAAUGAUGCCUUCCCUCAGGUCCCUCAUGAUAUUGGCUUACCGGAUGCUGAUUACAUCGACCUCGCGGAGCCCCCUUCUAAUGCACGAGGGUUCCAGUUUUUCCCCUUCCCUGCGCCUCCUCCUGCUUCGGCGAGUGGGUCAUCCGUUCCUGUCCAACCAGAUGUUCCUAGCGCGGAGGCAGAGCCUUGGGUGACUAGGAUGGCUUCAGCUUAUGGGCAGCAUUUCGUUCAAAUAGCCUCGGGCCUCCCUGCCUCCGACUAGAGGGGUCUAGGGAAUGUGACUCAACCAGACCUUGGGGAGACCCUAAGGCGUGCCGCGGCCUGGGUGAGGUCUUGCGCCUUGCAUUGAUUAGUAUUAUGUAUAGGUGUACAUGUGUUUUUCUUUUUGUUACUUAUUGCUGACGCCAUUGACUUUCUUGUGCAGGUCUACAUCGUGUCUCUUCGGCAUGCUGACACGUCCGGCGUCCUCUCCGCAUCUACUACCGAGAGGGACGGCCUCAUGACCCAGGUCCAAGAGCUCGAAAAUGAGCUUAGCGCAACCAAGGUCCAAUUGUCAAAGGCCCGGACUAAGUAUGCCAAGUUGGACUCGAAGAAGGAGAAGCUGAAGGCCAAGAUCAAGGAGCUAAAGGGCAGGGCUAGAUGCUUGGAGCGCGAGCUCCGGGGGACCAAGGCCGCUGCGUCCGCGUCGCAGGAGAGGGUUACUCAACUGGAGACUGAAGUUGAGGUCCUUAGGGCUGAACUACAGUUGGCUCAGGAGAAGAACGCUUCCUUGGAGGCGGAGAAGGCUUCCUGGGAGGCGGCGAGGGCUUCCUGGGAGGCGGCGAGGGCUUCUUUGGAGGCAGAGAGGGUCAUAACCGAGCGCAAGUCUAUAGGCCAUGCUCUUUACAAUGUGUGGAAACAGGAUCCCAACUUCAACUUCUCCUCUUUUGGCGAACAAGCCGUUGCCCGAGCGGCCUGGUGGAGUGCCCACUACGGGAGACCUUGAAAUAGUCUCGCUCCUUUUUUGUUUUCUUUUUAUUUUGUAACAUCAUUACCAGUGCUACUUUUCUGUUAGUAACUCUUGUACUAUCCCGAGAACUCCUUUUUUUUUUUUAAUGUAUAAAUACAUAUGUUGCUGUUUAUUUCUUGUUCUAUUGCA